GUAUUUGGCUCAACGCGGAAAUGCGGCUGCGCUAGAUUCCUUGUCGAAACUCGCGUUGCCAUGGUUACCGCGACGCUAAACCAGCCGUGUGGGCAGACAUGUUCCCGUCCCUCUUAUGAAAGCGACGUAAUAUCGACGCAGAAGCAUUUCCGGGGUUUCAGUGAUAAAUCAUAGCGUUGCUUUAUUGGCAAAGAACAAAGGGAAGCCAUGACCGAGACGGGAGAAAAGGAGGAGGAGGCUCGCAGCGACGCCCCUGUGAGUGUCGCUACAUCGCAUGCGGAGGGAGAUGAAACCGUGACGGUCGAAGAGCUCGAGGAACAGCUGAAGGCGUCGCAGAAGGAGACGGCGAAGGCGCGGGAGGAGAUAUCGACUCUCCAACAGCAGUUGGCCACUUCCGUCCCGCGUGCUGAGGCUCUGCUUGCACGCAGGGAUCUGGAACGACGUAUCGAUACCCUCGUAAGGGACAACCAGGCGCUGACGGACAGCGUGGAGCAUGAGCAGCGGGAGAGGGAGUGGCUGGAGGGGGAGCUGAGGGCGCAGUACGAGGCCGCUGAGAGCUCCGAGCAGGAGAUGAUGAACCUGCAGACCUUCGUCAGGAACCUCCACUCGCUGGUGGAGGAAAAGACCAGAGUCAUCGAAGUCCAGAAGGAUGAACGAGAAGCAAUAACGAAGCAGCUGGAGGAGGGGAAGGAGGAAGUUCUGCGGCUGCGUAAGGAGGCGGAAGGGCGCAUGAGGACCCUGGCACGGUUGGAGUCUCUGUAUAAGGAUUCUUCCAGUCUGGCGAAGACGCGGGAGGAGGAAGUGACCCGCCUGCAGAAGGAGACGUCGAUGGCCAAACGUCAGUACGAUCAGCUCGAGAAAACCGUUCGGCGUCAGGACCAGAACCGCGCUGACGUGGAGGGUCAGGUUCAGAAUCUCCGUGGUCAGCUGAAGGUAAUGGAGAAGCAGGCGCUGACGGAGGGGCGGCAGCUGCAGAAGGUAACUAGAAAGAUCGAGAAGAUCAAGCGAGAGCGAGAUGUCCUUCACCGAACCUAUGUCAAGACUCUAGGUACCGUCCAGAAGCACGCAGGUUUGGUCCACAUCCGGGAACUCGAGAGACAGAACGCCGAGCGGGAAUUGGCACGAAUCAGGAGGGACCUCGGGAAGCAAGACGCUCUCAUCACUGCUCUGCAACAUGCUAGGGACAGACAGGUGGAGGAGACGGCCCGCGUGGAGUCGCGCGUGGUGGACUUGGCUGCCGAGGUGGAGGCCCGAGGCCGCGAGGUGCAGAGGAGUCUCCACACGCAGGCGAUCACCCGGGCGCACCUGCAGCAGGCCACCACGCUGUCAGAGGCCCUCAAGACGGACAACUUCAUCCUCGGCAGGCAGCUCAGGAAUGUGCAGACGGAUAAAGAGGAGGUUGUCGAGGAAUCCCGCAAGGCCGGCUACCAGGUCAAGAAACUCCAGCAGAACCUCAACAACCGCGACAUCGACAUACAAAAGCUUUCGUCAGAAAUCGGUAAGUUGGAGCGAGACAAAGACCAGCUGCGAACGGCGGAGAAAAAGGCGAAGGAUGUGGCUGACGAGCGCCAUAGGACUAUCCAGUACGCUGAAGGAGAGAAGCUCGGCCUUACCAGAAUCCUGCACGACCAGGAGGAAACCGUCAAAACCCUAAAUAAGGAUCUCGAGGAGGAGCGAGAGCGACGCGGCGUUGUGGAGACGCAGCUGGCCCGACGUAACGACGAGGUGAGGGGCCUGCGGGAACGUGUUCACUUGCUCGAGCACAUACUACACAAAGGGGAUAAGGAUUACGCGAAUAGACUGAAGGACGUCAACACACUCACCAUCGAGGUCACGGCACUCAGAGACCAGAGAGAGGUGUUGUCCCGCCACGUCAAGCUGGUGGAGUCCCUGAAGGUGGAGCUGGUGCGCCUCCAGAGGGAACUGAUCACGUCGCAGAACAAGAGAGCUGUGAUCGAGGAAGAGGUGGUGCGGCGGGAGAAAGCCCAUCGGUGGACGACGCUCAAGGCCUCCGACCCCGGCACCUACGACCUGCUGCGGAAGAACCAACUCCUUCAGAAGCGUCUCGUGGCUGCAACGCAAAGGGCGGCGGCGAGCGAGACGGAGGUGGCUCACAAGGAACGCGAAGUCGAAGAACUCAGGCGGAUGUUAGAGCGUACGAGCGUGCAGCACCCUGACGUCGGCGCCACCAGGUCGCAGCUCAUUCAUCAGCUUCGCGCCAAGGACGAUCAGAUAAAGAGCGUGACGGCUGCAUUGAACACGGCGGUGCUGGCGCAGGAGGAGGCCGAGCAGGAUCGGCGUCAGCUGAAAGAGCAACUGGCCGCCGCAAGGCGCAGGCUG